CUUGCUAUGGCAUCGUCCAGGUGCCGACGGGACCCUGGUUCUGCCGGAAGUGUGAAUCUCAGGAGCGAGCAGCCAGGGUGAGGUGUGAGCUGUGCCCGCACAAAGACGGAGCGUUGAAGAGGACUGACAAUGGAGGAUGGGCGCACGUGGUGUGUGCCCUCUACAUCCCCGAGGUGCAGUUCGCCAACGUGAUCACCAUGGAACCCAUCGUGCUGCAGUACGUGCCCCACGACCGCUUUAACAAGACCUGCUACAUAUGCGAGGAGCAGGGCCGGGAAAGCAAGGCGGCCUCGGGAGCCUGCAUGACCUGUAACCGCCACGGCUGCCGACAGGCCUUCCACGUCACCUGCGCCCAGAUGGCCGGCCUGUUGUGUGAGGAGGAGGUGCUGGAGGUGGACAACGUCAAGUACUGCGGCUACUGCAAGUACCACUUCAGCAAGAUGAAGACAUCCCGGCACAGCAGCGGCGGAGGAGCAGGAGGAGCAGGAGGAGCAGGAGCAGGAGGCGGCAGUGGCAGUGGAGGUGGCAGUGGAGGUGGCAGCGGCAGUGGUGGCAGCAGCGGAAGUGGCACAGGGGGAGGUGGCAGUGGCUUCGUGGCUGGCAGGAGGAGCCGGUCAGCCUCACCCUCUGCCCAGCCAGAGAAGCACCCUGCCCACCACGAGCGGGGUCAGAAGAAGAGUCGAAAGGACAAAGAGCGCCUUAAACAGAAGCACAAGAAGCGGCCUGAGUCCCCCGCCAGCAUCCUGACCGCGCCUGCGGCCCCUGCUGCUGACAAGCAGGUCUCGUCCUCCCACCAUGAGGCUGGCACUCAGGAGGCCUCAGAGAGCAGCAGGGACUCCAAGGGGAAAAAGUCUUCCAGCCACAGCCCGAGUCACAAGGCCAAGAAGCUGAGCAGCAGUGGGAAGGGUGCAAGCAGCUUCACCGCUGCUGCCUCCGCCUCUGGGGGGCCCUUCCAGCCUGCAGGCUCCUCCCUGCAGAGCUCCCCUGACUUCUCCGCCUUCCCCAAGCUGGAGCAGUCGGAGGAGGACAAGUACUCCAAGCCCUCAGCCCCUGCCCCGUCGGCCCCACCCUCACCCUCGGCCCCAGAGCCCCCCAAGGCUGACCUCUUCGAGCAGAAGGUGGUCUUCUCUGGCUUUGGGCCCAUCAUGCGAUUCUCCACCUCCGCCUCCAGCUCGGGCCGGGCCCGGGACCCCUCCCCUGGGGACUAUAAGUCUCCCCACAUUUCGGGUUCUGGGGCAUCAGCUGGCACCCACAAGCGGAUGCCUGCCCUGAGCACCACCCCUGCUCCGGCUGAGGAGCCCCUGGAGCCAGGGUUAAAGGAGAAGAAGCACAAGGCCAGUAAGAAGAGCCGGCAUGGGCCAGGCCGGCCUAAGGGCAGCCGGAACAAGGAGGGUGCAGGCCCCCCAGCUGUCCCCACCCUGCCUGCUGCCCAGCUCGCUGGCUUCACCGCCACUGCAGCCUCCCCCUUCUCUGGGGGCUCCCUGGUCAGCUCCGGCCUGGGGGGUUUGGCCUCCCGCACCUUUGGACCUUCGGGGAGUUUACCCAGCCUGAGCCUGGAGUCCCCCCUGCUGGGGGCAGGCAUCUAUACCAGUAAUAAGGAUCCCAUCUCCCAUGGUGGCAGCAUGCUACGGGCUGUGUGCAGCACCCCCCUGUCCUCUAGCCUGCUGGGCCCCGCGGGCACCUCGGCCCUGCCCCGGCUCAGCCGCUCCCCAUACACCAGCACCCUGCCCUCUUCCUCCGCGGCUAUCUCCACCACUCAGGUGUUCCCCCUGGCCGGCUCUACCUUCAGCCUCCCCUCUGCCCACAUCUUCGGGACCUCGGUAGGUGCCGUGAACCCGAUGCUCCCCCAGGCCGAGAGCAGCCACACAGAGCCAGACCUGGAGGACUGCAGCUUCCGGUGUCGGGGGACCUCACCCCAGGAGAGUCUGUCUUCCAUGUCCCCCAUCAGCAGCCUCCCUGCACUCUUCGACCAGACCGCGUCUGCACCAUGCGGGAGCGUCCAGCUAGACCCGGCGGCCCCGGGGACGGCUAACAUGGAGCAGCUGCUGGAGAAGCAGGGCGACGGCGAGGCCGGCGUCAACAUUGUGGAGAUGCUGAAGGCGCUGCACGCGCUGCAGAAGGAAAACCAGCGGCUGCAGGAGCAGAUCCUGAGCCUGACGGCCAAGAAGGAGCGGCUGCAGAUUCUCAACGUGCAGCUCUCCGUGCCCUUCCCCACCCUGCCUGCUGCCCUGCCUUCCGCCAACGGCCCUCUAGCUGGGCCCUACGGCCUGCUCCCCCAAGCCAGCAGCAGCGACUCCCUGAGCACCAGCAAGAGCCCUCCGGGCAAGACCAGCCUUGGCCUGGACAACUCGCUGUCCACGUCUUCGGAGGACCCACACUCAGGCUGCCCGAGCCGCAGCAGCUCGUCACUGUCCUUCCACAGCACGCCCCCGCCGCUGCCCCUCCUCCAGCAGAGCCCGGCCGCCCUGCCCCUGGCCCUGCCCGGGGCCCCCGCGCCACUCCCACCCCAGCCGCAGAAUGGGCUUGGCCGGGCACCGGGGCCGGCAGGGCUGGGGGCUGUGCCUGUGGCUGAGGGGCUGCUGGGGGGGCUGGCCGGCAGCGGGGGCCUGCCCCUCAAUGGGCUCCUGGGGGGGCUGAAUGGGGCUGCCGCCCCCAACCCUGCAGGCUUGAGCCAGGCUGGUGGGACCCCCACGCUGCAGCUGCCAGGCUGUCUCAACAGCCUCACUGAGCAGCAGAGACACCUCCUGCAGCAGCAAGAUCAGCAGCUCCAGCAGCUCCAGCAGCUCCUGGCCUCUCCGCAGCUGACCCCGGAGCACCAGACCGUGGUCUACCAGAUGAUCCAGCAGGUGCAGCAGAAGCGGGAGCUGCAGCGGCUGCAGAUGGCUGGGGGCUCCCAGCUGCCCAUGGCCGGCCUACUGGCCGGAAGCUCUGCCCCGCUGCUGUCAGCCGCGUCCGCGCCAGCCCUGCUGCCUGCUGGAGCCCUGGUGGCCCCCUCGCUGGGCAGCAACACAAGUCUCAUGGCCGCAGCAGCGGCAGCUGCAGCUGUGGCAGCGGCGGGGGGACCCCCAGUCCUCACCGCCCAGACCAACCCCUUCCUCAGCCUGUCGGGGGCGGACGGCAGUGGGAGCGGCCCCAAAGGAGGGACCGCUGACAAAGGAGCCUCAGCGAACCAGGAGAAAGGCUAAGCCCACCAUGCCCUGCCUGAGCCCUGCGUGGAGGGGACACAUCCUGGCUGGAGGGGUCCAAGCCUGGAGCGGGCAGUUGGGCCCAGACACUGGCGAGCCUGGCCCAGAGCCCAUGCAGAGGCCCCAGGCGCGUGGGGAGCGUGGUGCUGCGGACCGGGGCUGGGAAGGCACCUGGGAUCGGGAUCGGGCCCGUCCCUCGGCGCUGCCACCGGGGAGCUCGGGGUGCCUGGAGAGUGGAGAAGGCCACCGUGUCGCGCGUGGGGGGUUGUGCGACCCGCCACAUAAAACAGAUGAGCACUUGAACUUGGGAGAAGGGAAGGGGGGCCCGGGGCCUGGCCCCGCGUGGAGAUCUAGGGAGGAAGGGGCCCCCACUUGGAGUUUCUUCCCCACCCGGGCAGGUGGCAAAAGGGUCCCUUCGACUGUUUCUCACUGUCCCUUUCCCCACCCAGGGUCACAAGCUGAGCUUGUAAAAGCCCACCGAUACGGGGGCUGAGGAAGGGCAGGACCCCCGUGUCAGCCCAGGCCGCCGGCACCGGAGGGCCCCCGAUGGGCGGGGAGCGCUGCCGUCCUCGGCACCCCCUCCUUGUUUGCACUAUUGGCUUGAGGUGUGCCGAGGCUGGGGAGAGGCGUGAGUGCAUGAGUGUGCGUGUGUGCGUGUGUCUGUCAUCUGUCUUCCUUCCUCUGAACUGGGGAGCUGAGGGCAGGGAGAGGAGCCCCGGUCGGUGGCAGCAGGGAUCUAGCUGUGCUCUGUGCCCGCCCCGCCUUGCAUGCUCUGGUCCCUUUCGGGGCGUAGAGGGUCAGGGAAGCCCAGAAGUGCACCCUGCUACCAGAGCGCAGGGCUUUGAAUUGGGGUACCAGCCUGCCUUCCGUCCCCCAUACCCCGUUUGGUCUCAGGGUCCCCUGCCCCCUUCUUCCUUGGCAUGGGGGAGAGCCCUGGGGCUUGGGGGAUAGGGCAGGGGGGAGGGGGUAAAGUGCCACUUCUUUUAGGAAAAGUCCUGUUUCCGGAAUUGGCUAGCCUGCCUCCCACCCCUGCCAAUUGCAGAGCCACUAAACUGACGUACAGCUGUCCCCUCACCGACCAGCCGUGUCUGGGCACAGCGCGUAGCGCUCGCCCGGGUGCCUCAUCUGCCUGGGCCUCCGGCACCAGGGUGGGGUCGGGUAGGGGAGCUGUGCAGUUGCACUGGGAUGGAUGCCCUGUCCGUCCCUCCGUCCAUCCGUCUGUCCAGCUUGCAUGUGUGCGUAACUGUGUGUUUCUGCUCGGGGGUUUGUUGUUGGGUUUUUUUUUUUUUUUUAAUAAAGAAAAGAAGAUGUGUAUAUUUUUGGCAACGACAGAAAUGUAGUGCAGAUAUAUUUUUGCCUGUGCUGCUCAACUGUUUUUUUUUUCUGAUACGGAAAAUAAUAUUAAUAUUCCCAUUGAUAAGACUUUGUAAGAUGUUAGGGCGCUAACGGGCGGUGGGUGGGAAUCCUUCCAAGGAGAUUUCUUAGGCACUUGCAAGGGCUUGGGGUGGGGGGGAUGGGCAGUUGUGAUGACCUCGAAAUACUCAUUUUUUUUUUAAUUAAAUGCUAAAUAUCAGUUAGAAAGACAUGUUAGAACUGAGCAUUUUAUUCAUCUUAAUCUCUUCUGCUCUUUAACUCCCUGUCCCCACGCCACUGUAAAACAAAAUAACCUUCAGAGAUUCUUAAAAGAGUUGCUCCUUCCCACCCUGCCCUUGCCCAAGACUGAGGCCACUCUUGUCCCCUGUCCUCGUGGAAGGGAAGGGAGGUCACGCCGAGGCUGCGGUGUGAAGGCAGGGAAUGGUUUAGUGCACUGGAACCAAGACACUCCUAGCAUGCCCUCUCCACCCAUCCCAGCCCCAGUCACCUCCAUCUCUGGCUCUGUCCCCCAAAUUUCCCAAGCCCUUAGUGCCCCCUAGAUGGGGAGGCCACAGCAGGGAAGCCAGGCUUGGGGACGUGGGACACAGGCCAGCCAAAAGCCCACUAGGAAAGCUAUGAAGACCCUCAGGAGGGGCGGGGCACAGAUGCAGGAGGCUGUAAGGCCCUCACCCUCUCCGGGUCUCAGUCCAGCUUCCGACAACAUGGGCGGGGGUGGGGUGGGGUGCAGAUUUGUGGUGCUGUCUCGGGGAGGGGAAGGAUGUGGUUUGCAGAGCGGAAGUGCAGUCUGCGAAUGCUUGGCUGGAGCUUCGUGUCCCCACCCUCAGCAGGGAGGUGUGAGUGGGUGUGCGAGCCAGGCCCCUGCUGGCCCAGGGGUCCUACCUGGGGGUGGGGCAUGUCAGCUGGCCCUUGGCUUCCCUGGUGACAGCUGCAAGCCCAGAUGGGUGGGGGACUCAGCGCCUGGUCUUCAGCUCCCCUGCAGGCUUUCUGCGUGUUGCGUGUGUGUGAGUGAGUGUGUGUGUGUGUGAGACGUGUGGGCUGUGCUGAGGUUGGAGCCUGUUUGUUGUAGCUGUGGGCACUACCCGGCUAUUCAUAGACAAUGAACUUCAAGGGGUGCCUUUUAAAGUUUGUCCUACUUGUGGGUUUCAGGCUCUGGGGUCUCCUGCUGCCUCACGGGGUCCCUGAUGAGGUUGGUGAGACCUGUGCUGAGACCUAGAGAAGUGGUCACCCCAGACUCAGAGAGCUCAGACUAACCAGACAGGUGCAUGAGCCAGGGUCAGCUCUGAGGGAGUGACCUUCACAUGUCCCUGUCCCUUCACAUGUCCCAGGCUGGAAAUGGUGGGUGGGUUUGCCAAGGCCCAGGCCCCUCUGCCAGCUUGCAGUGUCUUCCUGGUGUGCAGUGGGCCAGAGUGUGGGGUGGCAGCUCGUCCCUGUUCCUUAUCCUGGGGAGAAGGGUGGAGGGGCUUUCUACUGGGGAUGGAGGGAAGUAGGGCCAGACAGCCCUGGUUACCCCCAGGCCCAUGAAAAUGCCUCUCCUCUCACCAGGCUGCUUUGUCUGGCUCUGGAGAGCUGGGGUGGUGCCCAGUUGUCCACUGCCCGCUCUCUCCAGCCCAGCGUGGAGUGGGGUGGUGGGACUGCAGACCCAGACCCUGAUGUCCCUUUUGGUCCCAGCCUGUAUCCGUACAGCAGACCCUUCCCAAGCGGGUAGGGAGGGGAAGCCUCAGUUUGCAAACCCGGAGGCCUCCCUCUUGCUAAAGCCUCCUUUAUAUCCUCAGCCCGAAAGGUAGUGUCCCCACCCUGCACCUUCAAGCCCAGAAUUGUGCAUAACCCGGAUCCUGUAUCUUUGUAUAACGGAUGUUAUUUGUACGAAGGGCAGUUCGUAAACAGCACUUGUUCUUUUAAUAAAAGACUUUUACAAAAAAAAAAUUCCAAA